GCAGGUGGUGGGGCUGGGGGGCCGUGGUGGCAGUUGAACCUGGGCUGCCGCUGGCCUCCCUCUGUCACUGCUCUAGUGAGCCCACAGGCAAAAGGGAAAAAUAUUCUUUUGACAGCAAAGUCACCAGCCUCUAACCGCAGACCCUCACAAUGUGAAGCAGCCCUGAAGGAACCCCAGCAUUUAAUCUUUGGCACUGUCUUUUUGUGCCAAUAUAAUUCUGGGCUCGGAGCUAGCAGCUGAAUGCUUUCACAGCGUUCUAGAAAGUGAUGGAGGGACCAAACUAAGGUAGUAUCAGACCCUGCAAGUUCAGCGGGGAGAAUCCUCAGCCCUGGGUCGCCGGUCCCAGGCUGUGCCCAGAGCAAGAGGUGUGAAGCCUGAGAAGGAAAUGGAGAGGGGAGAGGCAGCAGGAGCCAAGCCAGGGUCAGGAUCGGAGGGACCAGGAGAAGAAGCCCUCCAUAUUGUCCAAGUGGAGACAGUCAGGCAGUUUCCAAAAUGGCUGCCACCAAAAUAUGUUAAGCAGGAACCCGAGGAGGGGCUGUUGUCACAGAGCUGGGAGACCCAGUGGCAAGACUUCCUGAAAGCAGUCCAGUCGGCCCCAUCGGGGAUGGGGAGCGCACAGGUGCCAGGGCCAGUUCCUUGGGAAGAUGCCAAGACGUCACUGGUCUCCGCUGAAGAGCCUGCAGAUACCAGCCAGCAGGCUACAGAAGAGCAGGCCCAACUCCUAGAAAGCCCUCAGGAUCCAGCUGAGCAGACAUAUGACCCGUUGGACUCCAGAGAUGAAAGGGAUUCUGGGAAAGCGAAGGAAGAGAGCGAACGUUCCCUCAGCACCGAAAAAGAGCGGCAGCGGUUCAGGCGAUUUUGCUACAAGGAGGCCGAGGGGCCUCGGGAGGCUUAUAGCCAGCUCCGCAAGCUUUGUCAUCAGUGGCUGAAGCCAGAGAAGCAGACGAAGGAGCAGAUCUUGGAGGUGUUGAUCUUGGAGCAGUUCCUGACCAUCCUGCCCCAGGAAAUGCAGAAGCGGGUCAAGGAAAGUGGUCCAGAAACCUGCACUCAGGCAGUGGCCCUGGCGGAGGAAUUCCUGCUGAGUCAGCAAGCGGCAAAGAGGCAGAGGAAGGAGGUGCUGGGAUUGAUCAAAGAAGGAUCUGUGAAUUUCCUGGAGGCUGAGCAAACGUCAUCGGAACUUGCUCAGAGGUGGCUCAUCCGAGAAGUGAAAAGACAGAGUGGGAAGGAUGCUGAUGUACCAGGUGGUGAUGGAUGGGUGAGUGACCGUGAUGGGGAGCCCCGAGGGACGUUGUUGAAAAGAACCCAUCAUCUAGAGCUGGGAGAGAGUUUUGUUGAUCAAGGUGAAUCAAAGCAAGAGGAGGGGAGGGAAGAAUGGAGGGGGAGCACCAUUGCUGGGCAAGGUGACUCAGUCUGCGAGAAAACCCUCCAACGAAAGAUACACAAAGGAAAGGGAAGGAGUUUGUGCACUUUGUGUGGGAAAAGCUUCAGCACUAAAUCGAGUUUUAAUAGACACCAGAGAAUCCACACUGGUGAGAAACCAUACAAAUGUCCAGACUGUAGCGAAAGCUUUCUUGCGAGAUCGAAUCUCAUUAGGCAUCAGAGAAUCCACACGGGAGAGAAACCAUACAAGUGUUCCGACUGCGGAAAGAGGUUCAGUCGGAGCGCGAACCUCAUCACACAUCGGAGGAGCCAUACAGGGGAGAAGCCUUAUAAAUGCUCAGGCUGUGGGAAGAUGUUCAAUCAAAGCGCGCACCUCAUGAGACACCAGCGAACCCACGUGAGAGACAAGCCAUACGAAUGUAUGGACUAUGGGAAGGGAUUUGCUCAGGGUGCAGCUCUCACUGGGCAUCAGAGAAUCCACACGGGAGAGAAACCAUACGGAUGUUCAGACUGCAGCAUGAAAUUUCGUGACAAAUCAUGCCUUAAUAGACAUCAGAGACGUCAUACAGUAGAAAAACCAUACAAAUGCACAGACUGUUGGAAAGGAUUCAGUCGGCGUUCAGUGUUAAUCAGGCAUCAGAAAACCCAUAUGGGGGAGAACUCCUAUAAAUGCUUAGACUGUGACAAAAAUUUUCUUGGCAUAUCGGACUUUGUUGCACACCAGAAUACCCACACAGGAGAAGAAACUGUAUAAUGGCUCAGAGAUGUGGGGAAGAGGUUGUGUCAGAGUAGUGCACCUUACUAGAAUAUCAGGGAAUUCACCCAGGACAGGAGCCAUGUUCACACAGUGGUCUGUGUAUGAACAUCCACAUGUUCAGGAACCUCCAGGUGCCUGUAGCAGCUAUAUGUCCUGCAGCUACUACAGGCACCCAUGGAGAAUCCUGUAGGGAUGGGCCCGGACUGGUCCGGAGGCCAUUGUAAAGGCCUACGGGCCAGACCGGACCGGUCCGGACCUGGGUGGUUCGGUUCG